AUGCAAGCCAUCGAAGUUUCCGAGCUAUCUCAGGGGCUUUUCCUGACGGGGGUUCUCGGCGAGGGAGAUGUGGUUCCUCCUUCACCGCCCAAAAGCCCUGUUGUUAAAAGAGAAGUGAUUUCUGCUCCUUCUUCUCCGUCUCAUCCUCCUGGCUCUGCGGAUUCCACGAGCAUGUUGGAUUUCUUUGACCUGCUGGAUAUCGACGUUUCGAAGCCCCUUUUUCGUUCCGAAGCUUCGGGUCCUCAAGAAGACACAAAGGAAGACUUAUCGGAGUUCCUGAUCGAUUUCUCGAGUUUCCAGAUCUUCGUCUCGGAGUUGUGCAGCGAGAAGUUGAAGUCUGAAGUCUCGGAUGCUUACCUGAAGGCUGAAGACCUGGACGCCGAAGAUAUUUCCAACGUCUCGGACAUCUCGCCCUUGGGUUUGGGUUCGGGUUCUGCAGACGUCCAGCAACAAUGGUCGGCGGAUCCCCAGCCCACUGCGACAGAGCAGCCGCCUCUCCAUCCUGCUCCCGUGUCUUCGCCAGGUGUUCCGCCGUACUACCAUUCCCCCGCCUUCAAUCCGUACGUUCCUGCUUCGGUGCCGAUACAGAACAUCGAAAUCAAGAUUCCUCAGUUCGCCUCCGAAGCCCCGCAGCCUAGUCCUCACCUCCCUCACCAGUACGCGGCCAAUUAUUACGUAGUGGCUCUCCCUCCCCCGUCCAAUGCCGCACAGCUUCCUUUCUCGGGCGCACAGACGGGUGUAUACUGGCAGACCAUGGCGCCAGCCCCUCCCUCGAGGAACAGGAGGAAACCAAGGGUGUGCUCCGUCUGCAACAAGACGUGCAAGAAUCCUUACGAACUGAAGCUCCACAUGAAUUCUCACACCGGAGCCAAACCUUAUGUCUGUAAAGUGUGUGGGGCCGCUUAUUCGCACUACAGCUCGCUGUCGACGCACCGACGGGACAAGGGUCAUGUCAAACGCGCAUUAGAAAAUUGA